AUGCACAGGCCAACGGCAGCACUCUCUGCCUUGCUGUCUCCUCCCUCCCACUGGCUUUACCAGCUCUACUGCCCCCGCCAUGGGAAACGAGGCCAGCUACUAUUCCGAGAUGGGCAACCACUUCGACCAGGAUGAGAUUAGAAGGUUGUGCAGAAGCUUCAAGAAGAUGGACUUGGACAAAUCCGGCUCUCUGAGCAUAGAGGAGUUCAUGUCGCUGCCUGAGCUGCAACAGAACCCACUGGUGAGUCGAGUAAUCGACAUCUUUGACACGGAUGGCAACGGGGAAGUGGAUUUCCACGAGUUCAUCAGGGGCACCUCGCAGUUCAGCGUCAAGGGCGACGAAGACCAGAAGCUAAGGUUCGCCUUCAGAAUCUACGACAUGGACAAAGAUGGCUACAUCUCCAACGGGGAGCUCUUCCAGGUGCUGAAGAUGAUGGUGGGUAACAAUCUGAAGGACUGGCAGCUGCAGCAACUGGUAGACAAAACCAUCUUGGUCCUGGAUAAGGACGGCGAUGGCCGGAUAUCCUUCCAAGAGUUCUGUGAUGUGGUUAGAAGCAUGGAGAUCCACAAGAAGUUGGUCGUGUUUGUAGAACACGGUCAAGAAGACUAAAAGCUUAAAAAUAAGAAAAUGUACAUCUUUGCUUUCUUUCUCAAGGCUGUGUAUAUGGGAGAAGACUACGACUCUCAUGGAGUGUUGGGAAAUCUUUUCGUUUACUUGUGGCACUCAGACUUUUAACAAAUGGUUAAACUUCUCAUUGUAACAACUAUCAAAAAUACAUUUAUCUUUGCUUAGUAUCUUUCAA